AUGAGCCACAAUCUCUGGCGAUUUCUUUUCGAAGAUGAUGUCGAUUCAUUUCGGCAUUACCUGGCCAACGCCACCUUCUCCGCUGCCCCGAGAAGUACGGCAGCCAGUCAGCAUGGAACCUCUUUGAGGAUUGGAAGUCCGGGGAACCUCGCAAGUUCCCCCAGAACACCUCUCAAACUGAGAAAGAGCUCGGGUCAUAUUACCACAAGCGGCGGUUCUGCAAAGAAUGCCAGCGUCGUUCUGACUCGAGCUGAGUUGAAUGCAAAGGACAGUCUGGGAAGGACAAUCCUGCAUCAUGCUGUCUCUUCCAGGUCCGAUAAUGCCCUCGCUUUCGUCAUCGCAUUGCUGGAGGUUCCCUUCCUCGACCUCUACAGUCAGGAUGCGGAGAGUGGCUGGACGGCACUCCAUCGUGCACUUUAUAAUGGUAACAUCGCCAUCGCGCACGCCCUCAUGGCUCGAGAUAUCCAAGUCGCGACGGACUAUUCUGCCUCAUAUGCCAAUGCUGGGGGUCUGGUAAAGAUCAAAGACCAUGAGGGGCAUAGUCCGUUUGAGGUCUUCGGCUUAACGAUUGCUCCUCGGAUCCUGGAACGCAAUUCGACAAGCCUACCCUCUGCAGCGUAUGACGAUGAAAGUGUCAAUGAUGUUGAUCUCAAUGGUGAUGACGAGGUUCUAACCCUCAGGCAACAUUCUCAACCAUUCAUCGACCUUUCAGGUGAUGAAGCGCUCGCUUUUGGUAGUAACAAAAAUCUCUCAUUGGGACUGGGUGAUGAAGACGACAGGCAUUUCCCAGAGCGUAUACAGCUUACCCGCCCAGAUCAUCUCCUUGAGCGUCUACUUGAGGAUCAUAUUGCGAUGAGAGAGAAGAAUGGAGCUAUUGAAGGCAUUGCCUCUAGCACUGCCCAUGUGGGUGAUCAUCGAGAAUUGCCAGCUAUCGUCCGCUAUCGACCAAUUACGAUCAAGAAUGUAGUCAUGGCUAAACUCCACACUGCAGUUUUGACGACCGAUCCUGUCUCCAAUCUUUACGUAUGUGGGUUCGGAUCUGGUGGACGACUUGGUACUGGUGACGAAAACACCUGCUUCACAUAUCGAUGCAUUCAAGGCGGUGGCCUUGCCAAGCGCCACAUAUCCACUGUCGCCCUUGGACAGGAUCACAGUAUUGCCGUCUGUUCUCAAGGCGAGGUCUACACAUGGGGUAGUAAUCGAUAUGGUCAACUUGGUUAUGCUCUCCCAGAGGUUGCCAAGAACGAAAUUCCAACUCAACUACUGCCACGCCAAUUAUAUGGCUAUAUUAAGAAGGAGAGCAUAAUCGGCGCUGCUGCGUCUGCUAUUCAUUCUGUCCUGUACUCAUCAAACGCCUUGUACACUUUUGGAAAGAAUGAAGGCCAGCUUGGUCUUAUGGAUGCUGAUGCUCGAUCAUUAGAGACACAGGUUACUCCACGUCGAAUUGGUGCCUCACUCAUAUAUACACCGAUUCAAUCCGUCAGCGCCAUCGACAGAGCCACAAUUGUGCUUCUCGAUAACCAUGAUGUUAUUGUAUUUACACAUUAUGGCUAUACUAGAGUGCCAUUUCCAUUGGAGACUUUCACCAACUAUUACAUGGCAGAGCAUAUGUCCUUGAGAUACAACUUGGAAAUGAACUACAUAAAACAGGUCACUGGUGGCGGGAACACUAUUUGUGCAAUGUCCUCAUAUGGAGAAGUCUACACCAUUGAAGUUCCUAGGGUUUCUGAGGCAGUUCCUUCAGGUACAUCAACAACAAAUCCCACCAAAGCCCGAAAUGCUCUACCACAGCCUAGUCGUCUAUGGUCUAUCCGAAAGGCCCACAUGUCAGCUACAGAUGUGGCUGUGGGUCAGGAUGGCUCGAUUAUCCUCUGCACCGCAUCAGGUUCUGUAUGGAGAAAAGAGAAGCGUGCAAAUAUCAAAGCCGUGCGGGACAAAGGUGCCCGGUCUGGUCGCCCGAAAGACUACAAAUUCGUCCGAAUCCCUCAGUUGAUGCGCGCCACCGCUGUUCGGAGCAAUGCAUUCGGGGCGUUUGUAGCCGUGACGAAAGACUGUACAGUUACUCGCGAGCAAAUUGUUCCCAAUCCGCCAUCUCUCUGGGCUGAUCUUCUCCCAUUGCUACCGUUCGUGAAAUAUGGCGCGCCAUCUGCGGACAGCACUAGCAUUAACGACCCUGCCACGAUUUCUCGAUCCAUUAUUGCAAACUCCGAAGCUGAAGCUGACAUUGCAAACAUUUGCAAAUCUUUUGAGCCACUCUCGAACAGUCAGUAUGACCUCUGGAUCUCAUCUACUGUGACCGAAGUACGCAUUCCAGUUCACUCAUUCCUACUCAAGGCAAGAAGUCAAGUUAUUCGGACUGCUUUGACCGAGUUCCAAGAAACAUACUAUUAUUCAAUUCCUGAUGUCAUGGCGAUUGAGUAUGGCCAGGAUGGUGAUGUCCAGCUUACGUUUCAGGGUGCCGACUUUCUCACCCUGGUCGAUUUCGUCUUUUAUCUAUACACAGACAAUGUGAUCGACGUCUGGCAUUACACAUCAAGAGCUCUUCAAUCUGCUGCACGGUAUCGGUCCGUGCGACUUGAAUUGAUGAAGAUCGCAAAUCAGCUGGAAUUACAGUAUCUGGAACGUGCUGUCAGAGUCAUGGUCGAUCCUGUGCCAUGUCUCCACAAAGACAUGGAAUUGGCUAUUCUUGACACCGACUUCUAUUCUGACGCUGAUGUCGUCGUCGAGCUUGCGGACGAUGCAGAGUUACCUGCCCAUAGCUCUCUACUUUGCAUUCGUUGUCCUUUCUUCAAUGGAUUGUUUAAUGGCCGCGCGGGUGGCAGAUGGGUAGCCUCCCGACGACAUGAAGCUGGAGAGAACGAAGAAGCUAUCAAAGUCGAUCUAACACACAUUGAUGAGAGAAUAUUUUCCUUACUCCUGCGACAUUUGUACGCCGAUACUGGUGUGGAGCUCUUUGACCAUAUCACCACGUCAAGCCUCGAUGAGUUCAUUGAUAUCUUGAUCGAACUGAUGUCUGCGGCGAACGAACUGAUGCUUGACCGGUUGACUCAACUUUGUCAGCAGGUAAUUGGCGAAUAUGUUACCAUCAGAAACGUAUGUUCUCUCGUCAAUGUCAUCGCAGAGUGCUCAGUGGAUAGCUUCAAGCGAGCAGCACUUGAGUUUAUCUGCCUGAAUCUCGAGAUCAUGCUUGAAUUGAGAUUACUCGAUGAACUUGACGAGGAACUUUUCGAUGAGCUCAGCGAUGUUGCCAGGGCGAAUCAACUAGCCUUUCUACCGUUCGCUCGCAGUGGUCGUGACGAGGAGAUGCUCUUGGACCAGUAUCCUGAUUUGUACGAGCAGAUUGAAGCCAGCAAACAGAGGAGAAUAGAUUCAAUGCGUCUUAGGUCGAGGUUGACUGAGGAUGAAGACCGUUUUGCUAAUUCGAAAUUUCGUAUUGGCAGCAUUGAACGGAGUGCCUCUUCACCGCUCACUAGAAGUCAUCUGCCUACUCCCGUUGAUGCGUCUCCAGAUGUUACACCGAGUCCCAGCCCGGCAAUAGUAGCCAUGGACGGUUCAGAUGACCUGCCUUUCGACAUGGACGAUGACAAUUCAGGCAUGCUUCCAGCAUCAGCUAGCGGACUACAAGAUCCGUCAACUCCGCGAGAAUCCUCUCAACGACAGAACUCCUACAAUCUGGGAGGAGAUAGAGACAGACACUCGAGGGCUCCUCCACGACCAAAGUCCGUCACAGGGGGCAACACUUGCCAGUCUGACGUGCUCUAUCCAGAAAGUCCGGAGUCGGUGACGAUCCGACCUACAACUUUAACCCAUUCUGCAGCUGCGUGGCAGUCGACCAGCUCUAACAUGCAAAAGAUUGAUCUUAAGAACAUCAUGGAACAAGAUUCUGCGAGUCGGAUAUCGAAUCUCACAGAACAAAUGCAGAAGCUAUCAACGUCGUCAAAAUCGGCUGCUAAGAUGUCGCAAAAGGAGCGGAAGAGACAACAGCAGCAACAGUUGAAGGAGCAAGAACCCGCCAAUCCCCCCACCGCUCCGGUGCGUGAUAGUACAGGCUCUGUAUCGUCUCCUUCGCCGUGGCAGGCUGUUGCGAAGCCGAACAAGCCCAAAGUCCCACCAGUGUCACGAGCGAUCAGUGGGGGACCGGACACGGUUACACCGGUGCCUGUGAAAUCAUCCAUGACAGCGCAACAGCCCGUUGUGCCACCCACUCCUGGUCAAGCAGCUUCUGGGAAAGUGCCAGCUCGAGGGUUAGCUCUGGGUAGCCCUAAACUUCCAUCGAAGGCAUCGGCGCCACAAAUUCAAUCGAUCCGACAUAGUCCCGUGAUAUCGAGAAUGUCUUCAUCAAUUGAUGCGCGGACAUCGAUGGCAGACAUACUCGCACAGCAACAAACAGAGAAGACGGCCAUCAAAGAAGCUGUAGCCAAGAAGUCUCUUCAAGAAAUUCAACAAGAGCAAGAGUUCCAAGAAUGGUGGGACAAUGAAAGCAGACGAGUACAGGACGAAGAGGCACAAGUCACAGCAACGUCUUCUCGUCCUGGAAAAGGGAGUCCUCGAGGACAGGGGGGAAAUCGGCGUGGUGGUAAACACAGAGCAGCGAAAACAGCAGCAGUCAAUCCAGACAACACCACAUCGAAUUCACCCAAGAUAGGAGAGCCGUCUAGCCGUGGAGGUAGUCGUGGGCAACGAAGUAAUGACCGGGCAAAGAGUCGUGGCCAAGCAGGCACACAGCAUCGGGGAGCGAGGCGGCCAUAA